AUGCAGGCUGGACCGCCCCCACCAUCUUCGUUUUUGAGGAUGAAUGAAGCAGUCUCGAUGCUUCAGGAUCCCACUGACCAGUUGGUACAGAGGCCUAGAACCAAAACUAGGGAACCAACCAAUUGGAACUUAUCUGUUGUGUUGGCAGCUCCAAGCAGACUGCCCUUUGAGCCUCUCCGAUCAGCACCACUCAAACUGUUGAUGUGGAAAACAGUCUUCCAACUCACCCUCGCCUCAGAAAUGGACAUAAUAAUGCGAUUAAGCACGAUAUCAAGACACGGUGUACGACAUGCAAGCAGUCAAAGCAGGCAGCGAUUGGUGAUUCUCGGCAGUGGAUGGGCAAGUUACAGCGUACUCAAAAAUAUCAACAAGAAAUUGUUUGAUGUUGUUGUUGUGAGUCCACGCAACCACUUCCUGUUCACACCGUUACUAGCAAGCACUACUGUGGGCACGUUGGAAUUCAGGAGUAUCAUUGAGCCGAUUCGUAACACAGGUUUUCGUCAAACAGAUCACUAUCACCUAUCUCAUGCUGUUGUAAAAUGUGCAAGUAUGCUGUUAUCAGAUCAUACCUAUGAUGUAGAGUAUGAUAAACUAGCCAUUGGUGUUGGUGCAUUGCCAAAUACAUUUGGUGUGCCUGGAGUUGAAGAGUAUGCAUUCUUUCUUAAGGAGAUAAGUGAUGCCCGUAAGAUACUAAACCGGAUCUUAGACAACUUUGAACUAGCUCUUGAGCCUGGUGUUGAUAAAAAGCGUAAACAAUUAUUGCACACUGUUAUUGUAGGAGGCGGACCCACUGGAGUUGAGUUUGGUGCUGAACUUUAUGAUUUCAUAAAACAGGAUGUUUCACGCUUAUAUUCAAAAGACGAGGGUGAUGUGAGCGUUACAUUGAUAGAAGGAAAUCAGAUAUUAGCGAGUUUUGAUAAAAGACUACAGAAGUAUGCUGAGAAGAAGAUAAAGCAGAGAAAGGUCUCAUCAGAGGGUGUAACACUGAUUGAUGGAACAUUUCUACCAGCAGGAUUAAUUGUAUGGUCUACAGGACUAUCACCAAGACCAUUUAUCAAAAGUCUGGAUCUUCCCAAGAAUCGCCAAGGCCAGCUAAUUACUGAUGCUUUUCUCAAGGUCAAAGGUGAUCCUACAGGGUGUAUAUACGCAAUAGGAGACUGUGCAGAUAUUGAAGCAAAUAACUUACCAUGUACAGCUCAGGUUGCUGAAAGAGAAGGUCGAUACUUGGCUGAAUUAUUAUCUGAUGUACAUAGCGGCAAAGAGACAAAACCAUUCCAAUAUCAAAGCAUGGGAAUGCUAGCAUACAUUGGGAAGUACCAAGCACUGACUGACACACCAGCUGUCAAAGCACAAGGAUUCCAUUCAUGGUUACUAUGGAGAUCAGCUUAUUUGACUCGCCUUGGUAGUUGGAGAUUACGUAUGCAGGUGCCAAUGGAUUGGUUGAAAGCAUUGCUAUGGGGAAGAGAUACGUCACGUUUCUAA